CUUUAAAACUGUAAAAUUGUAAUGUAAUGAAAAUGCCUUUUUUUUGUUUAAUAAAAUCUGUUAAAUUUUUGUGUUCUGUUUGUUCUUCUAUCUUCUAGCCAUGCCAUGGUCGACACACAGCUGCACGCCUGUAGAUGUCUUCAUGCCACCGACUGAGCUACCGGAAGCUAAUUGUAACCCCCUUUCUGUGAUUGUGCAGAAAAGUUGGAAUCUUCAUUGCAUUCCAUCUUUUCUGGACUUUUUGCGGAAAGGAAGCGUUUCAACUUCACACUGUAAGUCAGUUUGAGGUUAAAUUAAAAGCCACUUCAUGUUAUGUUUUGCUCUCAUUCAUAAGCUUAUAAACUUUUUUUCACAUUUGUUUUUUAAAAAAGAAGAUGAGUAAAGUAAGAAAUGAGAAAAUAACAAAACGGGAAUACUGUCGAUGGAACUCAGAAGAUAUGGACCAUGCGAUUAAUACAUACAAACAAAACCAGUGUGGUUUUAAUGAGUGCUGCAGACGUUAUAACAUUCUAAAGCAGACUUUUAGAAGGCACGCGUUCUUCAAAUAAAAAGGCCAAUGAAAAUGUUCAGUCUUUGGGUCGACACACAACUUUUAGCCCUGAAAUUGAAAUGGAAUUGGCAAAGCAUAGUUUAAAGCUGGAAGAAAGAUUUUUUGGUGUAACAAUUCGGGAUGUUCGACAAUUGGCUAUUCAAACAGCU